CACGUCACUCACAGUGAAGCAGCCGCGGGUCGUGCUGUCGAGACACUCACACUCACACUACACACUACAGAGGGAACACUGAUCACUGCGGGUCCAGGAGCGCGCGGUCAAACUUUGCACGUCUGCAGAUGGAAACAUCAGAGCGGGACGCGAGAGGAUAAAGCUGAGCUCCCAGUGAAGAGUUAAGAGAGCCCUGCUGUCGCCCUGCCUGUGCCAUCGGCUACAAUGAGUGCCAAAUCGGCCCUCAACAAGGCGGUCUUUCUUCCGAACGAUGAACGGAUGCUGGCAGCUGUGCAGGUGAGGAGGAGGACGAAGAAGAAGAUCCCAUUCUUGGCUACAGGAGGCCAGGGAGACUACAGCACAUUCAUUUGCCUGUCAGUUACCAAUAAGAAACCAGCACAAGUUUUCCUCACAAAGGUGAAGCAGUUUGAGGGCUCCUCAUCUUUUGUAAGGAGAUCUCAAUGGACCAUCAGUCAGCUGCGGCAGGUCAACGGCAUCGACUCCACCCGAGAUUGCCCUGAGUUUGACUUGAUGUUUGAGAAUGGAUCUGACCAGUGGAUAGCAGGUUCAGCUGGAGAGAAGUGCGUGUUUGUCCAGAUCCUCCAUCACACAUGUCAGCGGUACAUUCCCGAAAGAAAACCUGACUUUAUCAACUGCCACUCCAAACUGUUGGGAGGUAACAGUAUCCUGCACGAGGCGGCAGACAGUGUCAGCAGUGCAGUGCAGAAGGCCAGUCAGGCGCUGAACGAGCGCGGCGAGAGACUGGGACACGUGGAGGAGAAGACGGGCCAGAUGAUGAACAGCGCCCAGCAUUUUGCUGAAACUGCACACAAGCUUGCCAUGAAGCACAAGUGUUAAACCUUUGCCAUAUUUUUGGAGAAUCUGAUAUAAAUCCCUCACCCCUGCGAUCAGAGACUGUUACGGGAUGCGCAUGAAGUAUCAUAUGAAGAAAUGAGGACAUUGUGUGUGUCACACCGUGGCCUGUCAACACGGCUGGAGCCUUGAAAAGAUCAUGCCUUCUCUAACCAUAGAUGGGAUUUUGGGUCAUUGCAAGCUUAAUCAAAGCCUUAUUCCUAUGUGCUGCCAUAUGACAGAUCAUUAUUAUAAUUUCAAAAGAUUCCUACAGAAGAUGUAAAAAUGUAAGGUUCAAAUUCCUGCUGAUAUAUGAUAUCCCUUCUAGAUUGUUUGAUAAGUGCCAUCAGGAUCAUGAGAGAGUCUUAGUGUGUGAAAUUAUUAGAAAUAUAUUUUUUUGUAAAAAUCCUUCUAAGGAUUUUGUAAAAAAUCUCUAAACUUGUUCUUUUUUAACAUCAUUUUGUUUCUUCAAAUGGCACCAUAUGCAAAAACUUAUUUUACUGAUUUAUUUUUACUAUUAAAAUAAAGUUCCUAAAGACAAAUUUUAAUAAUGUAGUGCAUCUGAAGUGUUGAAAUAUCUCCAGAACUGCCCUGAGAAAUGACAAGACCAUGAGAAGUGUCGCGCUGCAGUUCACGACGGUUGUGCCUUAACUGGAUGUUAAAUUCACAUGCAGUGCCAGAAUGAGAGGAGAUCAGCUGAUCAGCUCAGCAGUGCACCAGUGGAAGAAAAUAUCAUGCAGCAAUGGUCAUACUAGUCUACAAAUUUAGUUUCAUUUUAUACUGUUGGAUAAACAUGUGAUGUUAUUUCUGAGGUUCUUAACGCACUUCAGUUUGCCCUCACAGCUCACAAUACAGAUCUAGGAUCAGCCAGAGCGACUACAUAAACACAUGCACUCAUGCUACAAAUAUGCAUAAACUCAGUGUUUUGUCUACUAGAGAAUUAACAAGGUAGUGAGAGAUAUAUAUAUAUAUAUAUAAUUAAAAUCACUACCUUGUUAAUUUCUGCCUUGAGUUGUUUUGCUUUUUAUGUUGCCUUUUGACUUUUUAUAAGAAUAUUUGGUGUAACAUGAAUGUUUACACGUAGCUAUCAUAAUGUAUUCAAGUAAUGAUUUAAAGUAUUACAAUUUAUCACAGCCUGAAUUAGCUGUGUCAAGCAUGUUAUACUUUGCAAUAUUGUUUUCCCAUUUGAUUGUUAAUGGAUUACAGAAAAAGUGACCAAAGUCUGUAGUGCUCAGUUUUAUGUGUUGCGUUUAAUGCAGUUGGUUGAAAUAAUAAUAAAAAAAAAAAACAUUUUAAAUAUCAUAUAAUUAUAAUAUAUAUAAUUGAUUUUAUAUGUGCUUAAAACCCUGCCUUAAAAUUGCAUAGAGUGUUCAGAACACUGUUUCACUUCUGUCAUUUGUAACAUGAUUCAUAGCUUUGUUUCUGUUAAGUGGCAUCAGUGCUCAUCUGGUUUGUUUUAUGGGUGUUGAGAACAGCUCUGAUGCACUGAUGUCUGCCUUCAAGGCCGGGAAAUACUGCCAGAGAAUGUCAUCAUUGUCAGAGAAAAACAAAUGAAUUAUGAAAUUGUCAUAUGCAUCCCAGGCCUAGACGAUGUCACAUGCUUUCAUGAUGAAAACCCACCCCUGUUUGUAGUGAUCUAACCACAUUUCUGAGUAUGUAGAGUAGUGAUAUGCUUGUCGCUAGUUGUAAGUAAAAGUCUUUUUUGUUUAAAGGGAACAUUAAGAUAUUGUUUAACCAUUUCAAAUGUGCCUGUGCUACUGUGUGGUAAUGGUAAUAAAUGAUGAUAAUACA